CUUUCCUAAAGCGAGACAAAGCUUUGAGAAGAAGACAAUGGUGUUCUCUAUUCCUGAAAAUGUCCUGAAGCUUUGGGAUGCAUGGAAUGUCAGAGCGUUUAUCAUCCUAAGCCUCCUGGCGCAAGUUUUCUUGACUCUCUUUGCACCAUUAAGAAAAUGCCUAGGGGGAAAAUGGGGAAAAUGUGUUCGCAUGUUGAUCUGGUUGGCAUACUUGCUCGCAGACUGGAUUGCGGGGCUCACCGUUGGGUCCAUCUUAAGCAACCAGAUGAAAAGUCCUGCCAAUAGUGGUGACAUCCAGGCCUUUUGGGCACCCUUUUUACUGUUACACCUUGGUGGCCCCGAUGCUAUAACGUCCUUUGCCUUGGAGGACAAUGAGUUCUGGGUAAGGCAUCUGCUUGGGCUCAUAUUACAAGUUGGUUCUACACUCUACGUCUUCCUUUUGUCCCUCCCAGACAACAAGCUUUGGCUCUCAACCCUCUUAGUGUUAAUUGCUAGCGUAAUCAAAUAUGCAGAGCGGAACCGUGCUUUUUAUCUAGCAAGCUUUGAUAAUUUUGGUGAAAAUUGGGUGCCUGGAGAAAGGGUAGCUGGACUCCAUAUUCCAAAACAAUUCAAAAAGUUGGAAACUGCAGAUCCCGUGCCUUAUGGAUUGGAAGAUGAUGACAUCGAGCCAUUUUAUGUUAAUCCCGAUGCCAGAUCAUUUUAUGAGCCUUCCGAAUUUUUUGUUGGUUCCGAUCCCAAGUCUAUAGUACAAGCUGCAGCUUACUUGUUUGGAACUAUCAGGAGACCUUUUCUUGGCUCUUCUUUAUCUAAAUAUCAACGUUUAAAAGGCUUUGCAAACUUUGGAAGCAAAAAUAAGGAUUGUUUUGCAGAAGAUGCGCUCCUAAAGAUAGAAAUUCAGCUAAGCCUAUUGUAUGAGACUCUCCACACCAAGUUACCAGUGAUUGUGUCCAAGGCUGGGUGCAUCAGUCGCAUCUUGAACUUGAGUUGCAUCUUGGGAGCCUUGUUGUCAUUCUCAUUAGUUAAGAAGCAUUACGAGUUGGAGGAGUUUGAUACCUGGCUAUCCUAUGGGUUGUUGAUCGGGGCCUUGGCUUUGGAUUUCAUAUCUAUCAUUUUACUUGUGUUCUCCGACUGGUUUCUUAUUGCUAACUUCCAUAAUUCGGGAUGCUUCAGACCAUCCAAAUUGGUUGAAUUCAUUGGCUACUUUUCUUCCCUUGAGGAGUUUGUUAGAGGCCAUGAAAGUAAUUCGAUGUCUGUCCUUCCAAAAUCUUGGAGAAGACCCACAGUACUGGCGUUGUAUUUUUGGGGAUGUGCAGGACGUUAUUCAGCGAGUAGACCUAGAAGUUGAUGAAGCAGAUUUUGCACAAAAUCUUUUAGACUUUCAUAUAGCCACAGAAUUAUCCAUCCAUGGAGAUUUCCAAGGGUCUUCAUCUGGGAGCACAGAAAAAGACAGAACAAUUUGCAAGCUAAUUUCGGAUUAUAUGUUUUACCUCAUGAUGAUGGAGCCUGCUAUGAUGUCGGUUGUU